AAAAUUAUACAUCAGUCUCAUCUAGUAUCGAAUCUGAACCAUACCAAGCACUAUAAAAUCAUGAGCGGACGCGGCAAAGCAGGAAAAUCGAAGGGAGGCAAAUCCAAGACCAGGUCGUCCCGCGCCGGACUCCAGUUCCCGGUCGGUCGUAUCCAUCGUCUGUUGAGAAAAGGAAACUACGCCGAACGUGUCGGAGCCGGAGCACCGGUAUACCUGGCCGCCGUCAUGGAGUACUUGGCAGCUGAAGUUUUGGAGUUGGCCGGUAACGCGGCCCGUGACAACAAGAAGUCUCGUAUCAUCCCCAGACAUUUGCAAUUGGCCAUCAGGAACGACGAGGAGUUGAACAAAUUGUUGUCCGGAGUGACCAUCGCUCAAGGUGGUGUGUUGCCCAACAUCCAAGCCGUGCUCUUGCCCAAGAAGACCGAGAAGAAGGCUUAACUUUGAUACCCCUUACCCAACAAACACAGUUAAUAAAACGGCCCUUU